AUGUGGCAUUCAACAGGGCUUCCACGCUGCUUGCGGUGGUGCGGAAUCCGCGCCGGUUUGCCGACGCGCGCGGCUCGGCGCAGGGGGGUACAUCGGGGAAAUGAUGCGCAGAUUGGCCGGAUCAUCUCAAAAACCACCACCCUCCCGCCUCCUAGCCCUCCUCCUCCUCCUCCUCCUCCUCCUCCUCCACCUCUUCCUCCACUACCCCUCUCGACCCCUCGCGUUCGUUCGUUCUCUCUACCUCCCUCGCACGCUCUUCCACUGCAGACAGCGCUCCCCGUUACUCUCUCGCACCCUCGUCGCCGACGGUCGCCAAGGGAUGGAAUACAACCCCCACCGCCGCCGCCACCGUCACCGCUGCCGCCACCGCACCAUCGACGAGUGACUGAGUCCUCCGAUUAUUAUCUCAUUUGCCGCCACGGCCAGCGGCACGCGUCGACACUCCCGGGUAGAAAGAAGAGACGAGAAGGACGAAGAGAGAAAGAUACACGGGAUCAGAGUUUGGGAAAGGGUAGCGGUAGCGACGGUACGGCGAAGGGUACCAGGGGCGGGAACGAGGGCGGCAGGGCCGAGGGAGCUACCAAAAUGACGACGACCACGGGCGAUCCGUCGACUUUAAAGACUCCGGCCUCCUUGUCGGGUGGAGAUCUCGUCUCUCGUCUUUUGGCGGCCACCCCUCCGUAUCUGUACAACGUGCCGCUAACGCCUCACAGCUUCUUCUUCAGCGAGAUGCUACGCUCCUUCGUGCAGGCAAAGACGGAGGCAUCAUCGGCUAGCGGCGGCGGUGGCAGUAUGCCAAAUGCGUCGCGACGCCGUAAGCGAUCCUGGCGAGACGCUCGAGACAGGCCGCUGGAGCUCACGACGAAGGAACGACCGCACCAUCAUCAUCAUCAUCAUUAUCACCAGCAUUCGGACAAGUACUAUCAUUCGACGGCGCAGCAGCAACCUCCUCAAGUGUCGCCAGAGACUCGUCUGGAGAACGACGGCAAGCGAUCCGACGCCUAUCUCGACACGCUGGAGAACAAAGUCGGCGCGGCGUUUGAUCAGAAACCCAACUUUGGCGGCGAUAUCCUUAAACCCAUCGAUGAAAACAAGACCGAGUUUCCGCGACAGCACGGUAAAAAUUUCUUCGACGAACGACCGCGACACUUUGAACAGGCUCAGCCGCCGGACAACAUUUUUUCCAGCGGAGAAGCGCGAAAGGUCAAGCCGGAAGAUUCGCAGCAGUUGGAUCGCAGCAGUGCAGGUAGGAACUGUAAUUUCGACAGCGGCAGGAGUUACGAGGACCGCUCGAAAAGUAUCGUGCCCAGCCAGGAAGUAUCCUCUCUGCAACUGUCGGAUCAGAAAAAGUUGGAUUUUUCACGGGCAGGCCCCUUCCUGCCCGGCAUGCCGGGCAGAGGAUGCGAGAGCGUACUUCAGAGCGUGAAAAGCUUCGCUCUGCCCGGCGGCGUGUCCGGCCCAGCGGAAUUUCUACCCGGACCUCUGUGGUACCCACCGUAUCCGAUGCCGCAGUCCUAUCCCGGCAUCGAUCCUCUACACUUCUUCAUAGACUUACGCGUCUCCGGUCACAUUUGGGAUCGCAAGCACGCGAGCGAACGACAGCUGUCUUUCAAGAGCAAACAUUGCUCGGCUUUCAGCGUGCCGCAAUCUAAGGAGUGCGGUAAUCGUCCGUUGAAUCUUACCCGCGAUGAGGCCACAACAUCGAAGAAUCCGGACGCGGAGAACACACGGGGUACCAAUUAUAUCUUGAAGCACCUCAUGAAAACGUAUCAGGACAUACAGCAGAUGAAGACCUCCAGGUUGGAUGCGUCGAUGGAGAGCGAGGAGAAUUCGAAGGAAGCGCAGCAAGCUGGCGAAGAUACCGCAAAGGUGGAGGACUCUGGUAGUAUGGCUAUAAAUACCGAAGAGGAUAGAAAGGAUUUGCGGGCUCUGAUCGGUCUUGAAUUAGUGGUGGACUACGUGAAAGAACCGAAGGAUGACUCAUCGAACGAGCACACGUCACAAGUAACGGAAUAACUUAUCCUAACGAACGCAAUUUGCAAAGGAACGCGCGCGGGACGAUCCUUCCACUUUAAUCACUAAAAUAGUCGUAGUGUUGUUAUUCUCUCGUAUAACACCUCCGAAAAACCACUGCAUUCGCGAUGGUAUUCUUUUGCCGUAAUAUAGUACCUCAGGCAAGAUAGAAUUCGCCGGACUGUGCACAAAAUCGGACUGUUUCGUAUAUGUACGCAACGUACGUGAUAUAUCUCCAAUUAUUAAAAUUCAGAGAAUAUAUUCGUUUUAAAUAAAAUGUUUUUGCGAAAAUGUUUUUUUUUUUUCUAUUAAAAAUUUUUCUUCUAACGAAGAUUUAUCGCUGUUUAUUGAAGAAGUGUGUAAAAUUUAAUUUAUGUAAUAACUAAUGUAUUUUUCAAAUAUCAUGCCGGUUGCACGUCUAGAAACAGAAUUGUCUUCCCCGAUUUGAUUCUUUAUAUUCUCAAUAAUCAAAAAGAAGAAUGCGAAUCAACUCUUGGUGAGAAUUAAAGGGUCGCGAAACUCGCGAAUGUAAAAUCUUAUCGGAAUGAAAUAGCUCCGAUGCGAAUUCGACAUGUGAUAUGUACUGUAAAUAUUAUAAUAGUAUCCCGAUGUAUGUAUGAUAUGUAUCGAUAGAAACAUUCGUUGUUGUAAGUUGAAUGUAAUAAAAGCAGUGCGAUUUAACUGCA